AUGACCACCACGCCGCAGCGUAUCGCGCUUUACGGUUCUCCGCACUCACCGUUCGUCGCCCGAGUUCGCCUCGCAUUGGAGGAGGCUCAGGCCGACUAUCAUACAGUCUUCUUUGAUCUCGACGAGAGACCACAGUGGUUCUUCGACAAUGUAAACUCUGCGGGCAAGGUUAGCAUCAGCACUCCACAAUUCAACCUCGCUCCUCCGAGGCCAGAAUUGACAGCCUGCUCGCGCGACCAGGUACCGACGAUCGUGUAUAGGAGCAGCCCCGAUGCGCCACCCGAGAAGCCUACACCCGAAUCCGCGAAAAUCGCAGAAUCAUUGGUGCUCCUCGAGUUCGUCGCCGACCUCCACCCCAACGCCAACCUUCUCCCGCGCGACCCCGUCCUCCGCGCCAAGGCACGCCUCUUCAUCCGCAAGCUAGACGAGAAGUUCCAGAGCGCCUUCCUCGCGCUCCUCUUUGACAAGGACGGCGGCGCCGAGGUGCUGGAGCUUCUGGUGGAGCUGCAGAACGAGCUCCCGCCGACGGGAUACGUUGUUGGGGACUGGUCGAUCGCGGACGCAGCGUUUGUGCCGAUGGUUGCCGCCGUGGGCAUCGUCGCGAAGACAGGGCGCGGGUACUUUCGGGAUGUCGACGGCGGCAAGCUCACACAGGAGCUCGCCGCGCCGCGCUUCGAACGCCUAAGGGAGUACAUGCGCAUCAAUAAGGAGCGGCCAAGUUUUGACGAGUUCGUCGCUAUCAAGUGGGUCAAGCGGUUCGCGAAGCCUGCCGACAAAAAGUAG